AGCCAUCAAGAUAGUUUGUCUCUCCUCAUGAGGGAACAAGACCUGAGUGUAACCAUUGCUUGCAAAUAGGACAAUCAACUUCUCCAGAAAUGAAGGGUUAUUUAUUGUACCAUUGAGAUUAGCUAUACUACUAGCAAGAACCAGAGAAAAAUCCCUGAGAUAAAGGGAGCAAUAGAAGACCUCAAAGACAAACCUUUUGGACAUAUAUGUACACUGUAACUGUAACCCAAUCCAGUUUCUCUGAUGUCUCGUUCAGUCACCAAAUUAAAACUUAAUCCAUAUUUUUUUCACAUGGUUUAUAUACAAGAAAGAAGUGAAUGUUUGGAGACAAGUUUCUUUAAUCAGCAAUUCAUCAUAUCUCAAUAACAUGAAGACAUCAUAAAACAACACUUGAAAAAAUAACCAACCAUUUUCACUGCAGUCAAAGGAGCCUAUCACAGACACUUUUGUGGCUCAUGGAUCACCAAGGGAAACUCACUCUACCACUAGUCGGAUUGUCAAUAGAAAAGAGCCCUGAAAACAACUAAGUAUUACAAUUUUGUUGCAGACUUCCUCAUUGGAAGUUCACAGUACAUAUCGAAAGUCACUAAAUGUUCAGCCAUUACAACUCAGUUUGUCCUGAUGUUAAAUGUUUUGGUGAUUUAUGGGGCUAUCAGGUGUAUAUUUCUGGGAAAGAAGGACACCUUGGUCACUACGACUGUGUACAGAUAAACAGAAAGAAGGAAAUAUUGUCCUGGAUCUUUCACAAAACAAUCAGAUAUGGAGCAACAUACCAGAUCACAGUACAGAGUAUACCAUCGCGUUACGAGAAUGACAACAAUUUAGUAAACCAGAGUGUGCAAGUACCAGAGAAGUGUCAAUUUAAAGUGUACAAGAAUUCGUCAGAGUGCUAGACCUUGAACGACUAUUUUGUCAAUGUUGCUGGUUCUAAGGAUUCCACUUUCGAGGACUCCGACGAUCAUCCAAAGCUUAUGGGUUUGACACAGAUGCCAUUAAUCUUAUCAAGUCUUAUUUGCUUGGUCGUCGUCAAAGAGUUCGACUCGACAACAUUUUUUCUGAGUGGAAACCAAUCACAGCUGAUGUACCUCAAGGAUCUUUACCUGGACCCCUCCUAUUCAAUAUUUUUAUCAAUGACUUGAACGAUUUCAUCUCCACUGUGUCUCUCCGCUUAUAUGCUGAUGAUACAACUGGAUACAUUUAAAUUAAACCAUUAACAAGGAACUUAACGCUAUUAUAGAAUGAGUUGCAGUAAACCAUCUAUCAAUAAAUACUGUGAAAACUCAAGCUCUUGUCAUCGGCACAAACACAUAUAAGUACGAACUUUGGUUAGGCGAUACUCCUGUGGAAAUAAAAGACUCUCUAAAGAUACUAGGAGUCAUCAUUGACUCGAACCUGACCUUUGAGGAGCAUUUAAAAACCCAGCUAAAUAAGGCAUAUGCUAAGACAAACGCUUUACGUAGAAAUAGACGUUUUAUUCCAAUACAUGUAAUGAUUCAAUUAUAAAAAGGCUUUUAUUCUUCCUC